AUGGGACAACUAAACAGUCUCCUACAUGGUCGGCAACGCGUUAUUGAAACAACGUUAGUCGGUUAUUCAUUCGGAACCCCAAAAAGCGUUUCAUUUAUUUGCCCACAGAAAUUCGCAGCAGAUUUAGCUUUAGCCCGAGAGUUUUUAAAGAACAAAUGCUACUUGCACAUAACAGUUCGCCAAGCCUGGUUACUUUUUUUGGUCGGCCUUGAAAUAACGAUGUGGUUCUUCCUUGGAGAAACUAUUGGCAAACGUCACAUCGUGGGAUACUCAGUUUAG